UUGUGUAUUUAUACAGCGUAGGAAAGUACAUUUUCAAAAUGAUUUACUAAAGAUAAGUACAUGUGCGUAUUUUGUCUUAGUUCUUCAUUACUUAAAAUAUUUCAUGAAGAUUUCUAAUACUAAAUAUGGAAAAAACGUUGAAAGGAAUAAGAGCACCGAGCACAAUAAGAGAAGCAUUUGACGAGUGGAAGGACAAACAAUCAAACUGUUUGACCAAGAGCAAGACUUUAAAUGCACUAUUUGAAGCAGGACAAAAUCCAAUCGAGCGUGAUAUAAAUAUGUUUUGGAAGAAAAAAGGCAAAUCAGAUACCGAUACAUUAGGUUUUGAAGAAUUUGAAGAAUUAUUUAUUCAACUUGGAAACCCCAGGGAUGUCAUUAGAAAUGCACUUAAACAUUUUGAUGCAAACGAAAAUGGGAAAAUAGACAGCGACGAGUUACGAGAAAUUCUUAAGGCAGCUGGUGAAUUGGAAAAUACCAGUCAAGUGACGGAAGAUAGUUAUGUCGCAUUAAUACUUAGUAUUGGAGAUAGAAACAAAAAUCAUGAACUAGAAAUAGAUGAAUUGGUUACGAUGAUUCAAGACGGACUUAUCAAACGCUGACGAUGUCCUCAUGUUGUGUCACCUUAAAGGGGAUCCAGGCGAAUAUCAGAUUCUGUUGUACAUUGAAGAACAAAGACAUUUUUUUACAUUUGAAUGGAUUCAGAGACUGCGUGCACACUAACUUGGAAUCAAUCAAACUAUUAUACUAAUGGUCGGAUAAUUGUUAAUAAUAUAUGCUUCCAGGAUCAUACACUUCGUUAAGAAUAAAAUUUUAAUGGAGAGUGGUUUUGGCGUUUUAACUUCACCCUUUCAGUCUUCCAGAGACUUAAUGAUCAAAAAUAGCGCUUAAAUUAUUAUUUAAAUUUUUGGUUCUAUUGAUUGUUUUUAAUGCUUUGUCGUUUAAAAUAGAGUUACCCUGAACAAUUAAUAUAUUGUCAAGGUAUACUUGUUACCAUUGUUCACCUAUAAAAUACUCUUUCAAAAUCAAAGACCAUGUCACGUCUUUGUGCAAAUUGCUAUCAAAUUUACAAUUUUAUUUCACUUUUAAUUGUUCAUUUAGUGAAGUUUAUGUAUUUAACAAUACCGUUGAUUAACAAACAUGGGAGACCUUCGUGAAGAAUUUAGUAUCUUCAGUGAUGAUGGAGAAGGGGUAACAAGGCAGCAAGCUUACUCGGCUAUUUGUCAAUUAAACAAAAAUCCUCCAGCCGUGGAAAUAGACAAUUUCUUCAAUGAACAUGACAUAACAGACCCUGAGGGUACAAUCACAUUUGAACUGUUUGAAGAGCUUUAUAAUCAAUUUGCCACUCCAACUGUGGAGGACUUAGAACAAGCUCUCAAAGUCUUUGAUACCGACGAUGAUGGUCAGAUCAGCGUAGAUGAGCUCAAAAAUAUCCUAAAGAGCAGUCAUAGUGUCAGAGGAAUUGAUGUGGACCUCAAUGAAGAAUAUGUUGAGAAAAUAUUAAAUAGAAUCUUAGGAGAAGCUGAUGAGAAUGAGGACGGGCUAUUGAGCUGCAAAGAACUUGCAACCUAUCUGAUAACAAACCAAGUCUUAGAUGUUGAUACACUGGACCCUGAAUGUUAACGCAUGGAGCAGCAUACGGAUCUUCCAACAGCUAUUUCUAUUAAGACAUUUAUCGUGUGUUUUAAAUUGAUAUACAAACACUUUUUAUCGGAAUCUUUCACUGCAUGUGUGGCGAUUGAUAUAAUGAAGUCAAGAUUUAAAAAAAUGGAGAAUCACCGAUAUUAGAUGUGUUGACAUAAACAUUAUAAUUUCACCGAUAUUAGACGUGUUGACAUAAACAUUAUAAUUUCACCGAUAUUAGACGUGUUGACAUAAAAAUUAUAAUUUUUGGUGUGCAAUAUGCAAUGUCAUACAAAUUUGAAAGCUUUAAAAUUCAAAUAUAUACGUCAGUAGUUUUGUACUUAACCAAUACGCAAACGAUUUGAUACAAACGAAAACGGAAAGAUAUUUGAAGCUUUGUUGUAAUUUUUAAAUUUUUUAUAUAAUAAAGAAAUUCAUACGCAUCAGACAAUA